UUUUUCUGAUUACUCAUAGUCGUCUUUAUGAGCAUCAGUUAUUUCAGUGUUGAGAUGUAAUGGUGCUCUUAAGAUGUAUAGUCUGAGUACUGGUGGUUUGUAACUUUUUAAAAGUUGAGGAACACUUUGGAAUCUCUCCCCCAGAAAAAGCCAGUUGCACUGAAAUUUGCAUGUCAUUUAAGGGAUUUGAUGUGUACCUUUAAGUGUGUCCUUGGAUUCCAGUUUAGUGUUUCAAUUCUGGUGAGUUCUUUGUAUGGUUUUUCUCUGAUUCUUUACAUCACUGUUAACCAUGUGUUAUAGGUACAUUGCUUAUCUACAAGUCAUUUUUCUCCUUACUGGUUAUUGGCUUGAAAAUCAGAUAAGGAGCUUGUUAGUUUUCAUAACUUAGUGUACACUGGUCCCAAGUAGGGGCCCUAGGGGUUUUCCUUUGAGAAAAAUUCACAGGUUUCUAGAUAUAGCCUUUAUUUAUUUAGUAUCCUCUCCCCUGCCUUCUAUCCUCUUUUGAUUCUUGCCUGUUCUUACUUAAGGAGUGAGUGUGUCUGAUCCUUAACUUUGUAAGCUUUAGGGUACUUGUCAGUUUUCCUGGACCUGGUAAUUGAUUCAUAUUUCAGUAUACAUACAUAAUGCCAUUUUAUAAACAUCAUAACCAGUGUGUUGAUUUAUAGCAGGGAUCAGUAAACUUUUGUAAAGGGCUAGUUAGUAAUAUUUUAGGCUUUGUGGGCCUGAUGGUCUCUGUUACACCUGUUCAACUCUGCUGUUGUAAGUGCAAAAGUAAUCAAUGGACAAAAGGUAAAUGAAUGAACAGGGCUGUGUUCUAAUAAAACUACAGACAGUGAAAUUUGAAAUUUGUAUUAUUUCUCUGUGCCCUAAAAUGCUGUUUUGAUUCCCUCCCUCAAACCAUUUAAAUAUGUAAAAAGCAUUCUGAGCUCAGGGGCUAGACAAAAACAGGCUGUGGACCUCUGAAUUAUGGUGUGACACAGUUCACCAGACUGGUUCUGUUGGGCGCUGAGUUCCCUUUCUGGUGGGAACCUGAAAUAAGUUGAAGUCUGAAGUUUGUUAGAUGAAUAUGGGAGGAAUUGGCUAGUCUGAGGGCUGUAGCUCUUAACUCUGGUUCCUAGAUCCCCUUUGAUGAUAGGAUGUGUGACAUGGGCCCCUGCGUAUCUAGGGAAGCACACCUAAGGGGACCAGGCCAAGAAGCCCUCUGUAAGGAGAUAUACAUUAUAAAAUGAGGUUCCCUACAGAGGAAGAUAACCUCUCCCCAAGUAGAGUGCAUGUGUCACUCACACCAAUCAGAAGUUAAUGCCUGCUGCUCAGAGGAUUCAUAUCCCUGAGAUAGUAUUUGGGGAACUAUAGUAGCGCACUCUUCUUCCAGCUCUACCUUUUGCAUGCACCAUGAGGCAGAAUGGCAUUUACGACCAUCUUAAUAUCAGCCUGCCAGGAAACCAUGUUUCAGUUUCCAAGUUAGCAGACUGUUGUUCAUGGUUUACAUUUUGGUUGUCUGUUACUGCCUAACAUAUAAUGCGUGGCCUUAAUCUCCCAAAUAAUCUGUUUGUAUCCCAGUAGGUGUCCGGGACUGGAAAGUUCAUGGUCUAUGGACCUGGGAGGAGGUGGCUGGCGUAGGAGUGCCCACCCACUUUGGGAACUGGUCUUUGAAGACAGGCUGCCUGCUGUUUCCCGGGGAGAUCAUGAAACGAGGUCGCCUUCCCAGCAGCAGUGAGGAUUCUGAUGACAAUGGCAGCCUGUCAACUACUUGGUCACAGAAUUCCCGAUCCCAGAACAGGAGAAGUUCCUGCUCUAGACAUGAAGAUCGAAAACCUUCAGAGCUUUUCCUCUGGCCAGGAGAUGAGCGGGUUCGGCUGCUGCCAGUCACUGCCAGCCUCAAGUUAGUUGUGGCCAUGAGUCUGUGGCUUGUUUGGCAACAACCCAAUGUGUUUCGGACAGACCUGAUCACUGCUAUGAAGUUGCAUGAUUCCUACCAGCUGAACCCAGAUGAGUACUAUGUGUUGGCAGAUCCCUGGAGACAGGAGUGGGAGAAAGGGGUCCAGGUGCCCGUCAGUCCUGGGACCAUCCCUCAGCCUGUGGCCAGGGUCAUCUCUGAAGAGAAAUCCCUCAUGUUCAUCAGGCCCAAGAAAUAUAUCGUCUCCUCAGGCUCCGAGCCUCCCGACUUGGGCUACGUUGACAUCCGGACGCUGGCUGACAGUGUGUGUCGUUACGACCUCAAUGACAUGGACGCCGCAUGGCUGGAACUGACCAAUGAGGAGCUGAAGGAGAUGGGAAUGUCUGAGUUGGAUGAAUACACCAUGGAGAGGGUCCUGGAGGAGUUUGAGCAGCGCUGCUAUGACAAUAUGAAUCAUGCCAUCGAGACUGAAGAAGGCCUAGGGAUCGAGUAUGAUGAAGACGUUGUCUGUGACGUCUGCCAGUCGCCGGACGGGGAGGAUGGCAACGAGAUGGUGUUCUGUGACAAGUGUAAUAUCUGCGUGCACCAGGCCUGUUACGGAAUCCUCAAGGUCCCAGAGGGCAGCUGGCUGUGCCGGACGUGUGCCCUGGGGGUUCAGCCGAAGUGCUUGCUGUGUCCCAAGAAAGGAGGAGCUAUGAAGCCGACCCGCAGUGGGACCAAGUGGGUCCAUGUCAGCUGUGCUCUGUGGAUCCCUGAGGUGAGCAUCGGCAGCCCCGAGAAGAUGGAGCCCAUCACGAAGGUGUCCCACAUCCCCAGCAGUCGGUGGGCACUGGUGUGCAGCCUCUGCAGCGAGAAGUUUGGGGCCUCCAUACAGUGCUCUGUGAAGAACUGCCGCACAGCUUUCCACGUGACUUGUGCUUUUGACCGGGGCCUGGAGAUGAAGACCAUCUUGGCAGAGAAUGACGAAGUCAAGUUCAAGUCCUACUGUCCGAAGCACAGCUCCCACAGGAAAGCCGAGGAGUGCCUCGGCGAGGGGGCCACGCGGGAGAACGGGUCCCCUGAGUGUGCCCCCAGAAGUCCACUGGAGCCCUUUGCCAGCCUUGAGCAGAAUCAAGAGGAGGCCCACCGGGUGAGUGUCCGUAAGCAGAAGCUGCAGCAGCUGGAAGAUGAGUUCUACACCUUCGUCAACCUGCUGGAUGUUGCCAGAGCCCUGCGGCUGCCCGAGGAAGUAGUGGAUUUCCUGUACCAGUACUGGAAGUUGAAGAGGAAGGUCAACUUCAACAAGCCCCUGAUCACUCCAAAGAAAGAUGAAGAGGACAAUCUAGCGAAGCGGGAGCAGGAUGUCUUGUUUAGGAGGCUGCAGCUGUUCACGCACCUGCGGCAGGACCUGGAGAGGGUUCGGAACCUCACUUACAUGGUGACCCGCAGGGAAAAGAUUAAACGAUCUGUGUGCAAAGUCCAGGAACAGAUAUUCAAUCUUUACACUAAGCUCUUGGAGCAAGAAAGAGUUUCAGGUGUGCCUUCUUCUUCCUGCUCCUCCUCCUCACUGGAAAACAUGCUUUUGUUUAAUAGUCCUUCUGUGGGCCCUGGUACUCCCAAGAUCGAGGACUUGAAGUGGCAUUCUGCAUUCUUCAGGAAGCAAAUGGGUACUUCAUUGGUUCAUUCUCUGAAAAAAACCCCUAAGCGAGAUCCCUUGCAGAACAGCCCCGGGAGUGAAGGCAAAACCCUCCUAAAGCAGCCAGACCUGUGUGGUAGAAGGGAGGGCAUGGUGGUCCCAGAGAGCCUUUUGAGUUUUGAAAAGACCUUUGCAGAAGCACGUCUCAUUUCAGCACAACAGAAAAAUGGGGUGGUGAUGCCAGACCAUGGGAACAGAAGAGAUCACCGUUUGCAUUGUGAUCUCAGUAAGGGAGACUUAAAGGACAGACCUUUUAAGCAGAAUCACAAGCCUCUUAAGUCCACAGAUGUGUCCCAGAGGCACGUGGACAACACGAGAGCUGCCCCCUCCCCUGGAGCGGGGCAGCCGGCACCUGGCGCGAGGAAGGAGGUGGCGCCCAAGUGCAACGGCUCCCUGAUCAAAGUGAACUAUAGCCAGACUGCAGCCAAAGUGCCUACAACUCCUGCCAGCCCAGUGAAAAACUGGGGAGGAUUCCGGAUUCCAAAGAAGGGGGAACGGCAGCAGCAGGGAGAGGCCCGCGACGGGGCCUGCCGCCCGCUCUCGGACCACCCCUACCUGGGUUUAGGCCGAGCUCCAGCCAAGGAAAGGGCGAAGAGCAACUUAAAAUCGGACAAUGAGAAUGACGGGUAUGUUCCUGAUGCAGAAAUGAGUGACUCUGAGAGUGAAGCAUCAGAAAAGAAAUGUAUACAUGCCAGCAGCGCAAUCAACAGGAGGACAGACAUUAUCAGGAGAAGCAUUUUGGCCUCUUGAUGAAACCGAGGAGGCGUGGGAGUGAGCAGCUUGUCAUGGAGUUUGACAGGGGCUCUGAUGCAGGGACAAGCGGAAACCCAUCACUCCGGGGCUACACAGACACAUAUACUUGCAAUUCAGAUUGAAAAUUUUUUUUUUCAGAGUCAUUUAUAAGUCAUUGUUGUGAGAAGUAUGCGUUAUUUGCAACUUGUUGAGGAAACACAAGAGUAGAUUGUAAUCCUAAGACACUUCUAAGACUAGAGGCUGAAUUAAACACUAAAACAAGAAUGAAUGAGAAUUAAAGAGGGCGAGGCUUACAUAAGCCUCAUGAGUUUUUAUUGCCCCCCAUAUUCUUCCCAAAGCACAAACUCUUGGUUAUCUGAAUAUACAGGAUCAGAUAUACCUUUCUUGAGAAACCCUGACAUACCAUUUAACAGUCUGUAAACUUACUUUCUAGGACUGUGGUAGAUCUUGAAACCAUAUUUAUACUUUGGCCCACAAGGUAUUUUCAUUGCAUUUUAGUACACAGACUGCAGCUCAGAAGCUUCACUAACUCCAGGGGAUGCAUGUGCAAAUACUGCAGAUGGGGAAGAGAGGAUCUUUAGAAGGUCAUUAUGGGAGGACCUGAAUGGGCAGCUUGGCAGCUUAGUGCAAAGGCAGCCAAGGGCUGCUACUGAAGCCGUUGAAUGUGUUGUGGCUCUAGGACUGGUGGAGAGUGAAGCCAUCAGAAAGUUCCACUUUAUGGGAAAGGGCAGUUGAGGUCCCAUUUUCAGUAGUCCUCUUGACCUUCCUCUUCCUAACCACUCACUGCCUUUAGUGCCAACUUGGGAUUUCCCAGGCCAUUGGCAGUACCUGCCACUUGGCUUCCAACACUACAAUAGCUGUUGAAGUUCAAGUGGUGAACUUCCAGACUCUGGUGACCCGCACUUCCCAGUGCCAACCACUGGUGCAUGUGUCAGGGAAUCUGGGCUUCCAACAUGUAUGGAUUCCUUAGGAAAAGGAAAGAAAAAAAAAAAAAAGGAAAAAGCAAAGUAGGUUACAGUUUAAAAACAGGAGAAAGGCAAUAAGUUGCGAUAACCUCUUACCAUUGACCAAGGUUAUACAGGAGAGAGAUUGAAGUUUUCUGGAGUCAGAGUUCUGAGCUCCAAUUUGUAACUUGGACUUUGUGAUUGCAAAUGGCAAUAACUAAAUUAUCAGCAAUAAUGAAUUUAGCAUUAAAUUUGGGUACAAUUUUGUUUUUGCACUCACUGUAGUGCAUAUGUAUUAAGACAGUGGAUAGUGUUAAGGUUUUGUUAAUUUUCUUUGGAAUUCAAUGUAGUUGUGAAUCCAACUUAAGAGAAGGAAAGUUUAAAUAGCAAUGAGAUUUAGAAUUAUGGGCCCUUGGAACACACCCAGUUUCCCCAAAAUUACCCCUUAGUUUGUUAAUAUCAGUAUUCAGAUUCCUGAUUCAUUUAUGCAUCUGUUUCCAUGUGGCAGGGACAUUCUGAAACUUAAUAAUGCUUUGAGUUCUGUAGUUAACUUUCAAGUCUUCCAGAUGAUUGUCAACAAAAAAAAAGGCUUAUUGAAUUCCAUCUUGCUAUGCAAGUUUUAUCAGAUGAUCAAAUAGUAGAUCUGAUGCAUCCCCAUUGUAUGUAUGGCAUUUUCAAACCAAGUCUUAACUUUUCGAAUACAUUUUAGUAGUGGAAAGAAUGACCCAUGUUUUUAGAUUGACUAUUUUUGAGCUAUGCGGCUCAUUUUGAAAGACUGCUGUCCAGAUAAGCUGUUGCUACAGAUAUUAGAAGUUUCUAAUGAAUCUAAGUUGUACAUUCACUCCUAGCAUAAUUUAAAAAUCAGAGUUUUUGCAUAUGAGCAAAAAACCUUUUGCUGGCUAUGGAAGAAGGUGGACUCUAUCUGCAGUUCCCUUUUGACUACAGCAACGGCUCUGGGUGAAAGUAGACUAUAUAGAGGGAUAAUCUGUCAAGCCAUAGAAAGAAUAGCUAAAUUAAUUAUAGUAAGUGUAUGACCUCUCACCAUUUUAAGAGGUACCAGAUUCAUUUGCACUAUUAGGAAUGCUAGUGUUGUGCAAAAAAUGCCUUACCUGUUUUUUCCCCACAUUUAGGUUGAAAAGCUUUCAAACGUUCCAAGUUAUGCUGAACCAAAAAAACAAAACACAACAAAAAAAACUUAAAAGAAAAACCCCACACAAAAACAAAACACAAAAUAAAAAGCCCACACUUUUUAUUCCUGCUUAGAAAUGCAAAUGGUAUAGAGCCCGGUUUCUCUGACAGUGUAAUGAUAGCUUUGUAAGUUAGUCUCCUGUCCCGCUGGGAACUCUGUAUGAGGCGCUGUCACAGCGACCCACCCCGCCUACCAGCUUGCACUCUGUUAGUGUGAAACCAUUUGCUCUUUUUUCUUUCUGCCCCCCCGCUUUUUAUUUUUUUGUUAAGCUUUUUCUUUCCUUGUGCAUCCUGACCAAGAAAUAUCUUUGAUUAUGAUCAAUGUAUUAUGUCAAAAUGUAGGCUAGUUAAACUUUUGUAAAGUUGCCUGGACUGUCAUUUGUUAGGUUAUAAACACAAAAUCUAAAUGAAGGGUUAUAUGUGUUGUGUACAAAUCUUAAUUAUUUUGAAAUGGACAAACGUCAUUACAUUUGUAACCUUGUACAGAGGAUUUUCACUAUGUGCCUAGCUUGGUGUCCAUUCAGCUAAAAUUGAAAAAAAAAGGUGCAUGAAGAGUUAAAAAUCAGAAAUAAAACAAAGUAUAUGUAGAGAUGACUAUUUUAUAUUACAUGGCCCAAUCCUGUAUUUAUUUCUGCCCCCUUUUUGAAAAUAUUUAUAAAACUAGUUGAGGACAGCUGUAUUUUUUUGUUGAACUAUUUAGUAGAAUUUGUGCCUUUUUGUCUGUAUGUGAAUAAAUGCUGUACAUUUUGCAAUACA